AUGUUUUAUUUUCCUCGAAAUACUCAGUCGUUUCAAGUCAAAUACUACGUUUUAAGUGUAAUAAUAAUUAAUUUCAUUCUAGUUAAAUCAAUAUUUACUUGUAACAAAAAUGAUAUAAAAUCCAAUUUACCUGAAACCUGGCCAUGUGAAUGGAACGGUGGAAAAAUAGCGUUUGCUUUCAAUUUUUUUUUAUUAAGUCCAAAACGUUUAGUCAGUGUCGUCCGAAGAGGCAUCGCGUACAUUGAAGCACGUUCCUGUUUGAUAUUCAAAGAAAAGAAUCCAAUCGAGUUAGCUAAAGGAACCAAUCUGACGUAUCUAUUCUUUACAUUCUCUGACGUUUUAGAAAACUGCUGCUUACCGUUUGCAUAUUUUGGCAGACGAAGGACUGUAUUGAUUACACCUUUAUGCACUCUACCAGUGGAAGUGGCUCACGUGAUACUUCAUGCGAUGGGAUUGAAGCAUAAAAAGCAUGAGGCAUUUUCAAGACAUCGAACAAGAGACCUACUAUUUUCUGUCAAUUGUACUACAAAAAGUCAGAAAAUACGUAUAUCAGAUUUUGAAUAAAGUUACA